GAUGCCACGAUAUAAAGCCAUCAAGGUUUCUCACAAUGGAGCGGGCUUAUUGUUCUCCAGUGCCUUGGAAUUUAAAUCAAUAAAGAGUUUCCCGAAGAUCAACAAUUCCUAUCUCAACCAAGACAUCCAUCCCAUUCUAUUCCUCCAUCUCGAUAUAGAUCGCCAUCCCGCCUUUUCGGCUCGCCUAUAUUUUGAACCCUCCAUCCACCUCCAAGUCCGCUUGACUUCUAUCAUUAUGUGCUACAAGACCAACUACGAACCUUACACAAGCCAAAGCCAAAGCUUCGACAUGACUCGCGAACUUUCAUCGGAAGAAAUCCUCUAUCCAUUGGAAUCUCUCUAUCCACACGUCGUGGCCCUUCAACUCCAAGCCGAUGAGAACCCAUGGGCUCAGAACAACAACUUCUCCGGAUACCACGAGAUCAGCUACUGGACCGAGAUUUCUUCUGAGGGACCAGCGGAGGAUUACUCCAGACCCAGACCGAGUACCGCACGCAGGUACAGUGACUCCACAGCUCUAAAAUUUGUUUCCAGAAUACGACGAUUCCUCAGCCGAGACGAGAUGCGCAGACGCCAGCGACAGGCAUGAAUCUGCCUCAGCCUGAGUCUCGGCUAGAUACGAAUCCUUCUCUACGAUUUGACUUCUUUUUUUUUUCUUUCCUUGUAUCUAUAAUUAACUUUUCGGACAUAGCCUGCCUUUCUUUUGCUGUUUCCUUUUCACCCGCAUAGACAUACACUCACAGUCAACCAGCCAUACACUUUCCAGACACACGUUGUAUCAGCAAUAUGCUGGAGCCGCUGCAAGCGAAUACCCUCUUGUCAACAUUUCUUUUGUCAUCUGUCAGCCAUGCAUCUUGAAGAUCUCUUAUUCUCUCGGGACAUUUUCACUAUCGUUGCUUUUUCUUCUGUUCAUGUGUCUUCUUUUUUUUUUCUUCUCUUCUCUUCAUAUUUUUAUGUUUACUUUAUACACUCAUGGAUUGAUUAGCGGUUAGGUUAGGGAUUUAGCGAGGAGUUCGUUGGGCAUACACGCAAGGGCGAAUCAUAUCAAGCAUUGGCAUUAUUUCGUUAUCUAGAUAUAAUCAAUUGAAGAACAUAUUAA